AUGUCUCAACUGGACAACCUUGCAUGGUUCUCCGUUUUUGAUUAUCUAACCAUUUCAUGUUAUUCUUCAAUAAUCCUAUUAUCUCAAAAAUUUCAUUCUCUUUUUUCAAAUUAUGAAUUAUAUUUGAACGCCAAGCGAAUCAUCACGGAGGAAUUGCCUCAAUUUGGAACACGAAAAUCAACUGAUAUUUAUUACGCAUUCUUGUACGGAACGACCAUUCUAGAACUCAUGGCUUACCACAAAUAUCAAAGAUCACAUCCUUUGGCGUGUAAUGGUUGUGUUAAUCCCAAUCCCAAAUUACUAGAAGAACUCAACCGGUACGAAAGCAACAUGUACAUUGCUGAAUUUUUAGUUUCCAAAACUAAAGGAAAGAUUUUAAUUGAUGUACCAAGAACAUGGUUAGCAGACCGAGAGCUGAUAAAAAGUGUGGUCUCUCGUCCAAAGCAAGGUUCCUGGCUUCUAUUGGUCCACUCUGCCUCUAUUCGUAGUGAUCUAGAAAUUUGUAAAUUGGCCUUUAAAAAUCGACAUCCAAAAGCUAUGACAGUGGUUGAUCACAUGAUUUUUAAAACUGAAGAAGCUCAAAGAGAAGCCAUACAAUGUUUUGGAUUGGAAUGUUUUAGAUGUAUUACGAACAAGGAUUUAUUUUCCGAAAAGGAAUUAAUGUGUAAGGCUAUAGCCGCAUCACUGUCUUACAAGUACCAUGUUUCGAAUGUGAUUGCUGAUAUUCAUCAAUACAUUCCACCUCAUAUUGCACAAACAAGAGAAGUGAUGCCAAAACUAUUAGAAAUAAGUUCCAGGUACAUCCUAAAUUGCUCGCAAACUUUUUAUGAAGAACAUUUGGACUUGGUAGCAAUGGUUGUUGUAAAAAACCCUGAAUUAAUCACCAAACUACCUUCUUACGUUGUUGCUGAGCUAGAUUAUCAAAUAGUGAAACAAUGUCUUCAGGAAAGACCAUCUAUUUUUCAUUGUCUUCCUUUAACUUUGAGACAAACUCCAGAAUUGAUUUAUGUUGCCUUUAAAUCACACCAGCUUGAUCAUGGUGAUGCGUUAUGGGAGAAAAUUUGUGACGGAGUCAUUAAUUUGGAUGCCAUCAAAGCAUUUUCUGAUUGUGGACAUGUGAGCCAGAUUCGAAAAUACAUUAAGCUCACGUAUGACAUUGACCAAAAGACUCUCCUUUUCUUAUUAUCCAAUAUUACCUUAAAACAAUUCAAUCGAUUCCUUUCAAAUAAUCCAACAAGGCCAGAGUUUGUGUUUACCAAAGAGGUAUUUCCAGUUAUUUGUUCACAAUUCGAACGCCAUGAAGAUUCGUUUAUAUCAGCCAUGUUGCAAUAUCGAAACUACUUUGUUGAAAUGAUGACUGUGAAAAAAGAUCCGAAGUUGGUGUUAGAUGUGGACAUGAUUAGAAAGAAUGUAUUCUAUUUCAUUAUGGCCUUUCCAAUUCUUAAUGACCAUAACAAUCAAGAGCUGUGUCCAGAAUGCAGAAAGAUUAUAUUCGAGUUUUGCAGAGACCGAAGUUACAACCUUUCCUUAAUGAUAGAGUUCAUUGAACCUCUAAAACAACUGGUUCUCAAUGAUUCCAAUUUUGUCUCACAAAUACUUGAUGUGAAUCCGCAAUGCUAUCGAAUGCUUCCACCGAAAUUACGAAAUUCGAAACAGUAUCCACAGCUGGCUGAAAAAGUGUUCCAUGAUCUUGAAUUAAGAAAGUAUGUGAAAGGAGCUGCCUCCUCUUCCUUGUUACCAAACUCUUCACAUCUCAAUAAUUUGAAAUGGUUUUGCUGGAUUUGCUUUUCUGUUGACCAGCAAUUUGAAAUUAUUUCAUUGUAA